UACAUUUUAUUAUAAAAAAUUGUUUAUCUAAGAAUUGGUUAACAAUUAAUUAUUGAUAUUGACAUGGCUGGGAAGCAAGGAAAAGAUUUGGCGUUAUCUAUGCUAAGAGUGUUACCUAGAUUAUCAUUAGGGAACAUCCGAGAUAAUCCUGGUUCAAGAAAAUCACCGAAACGUGGUAGAGGUCAACAUGGAGGUAAUAAGCAUGGUGCUGGAAAUAAAGGCUCUGGCCAAAGACAGAAUUAUAUGCGUUUGGGGUACGAAACUGGAAAUACUCCAUUUUACUUACGAUUUAGCAAAGAACCAUAUUAUAAGGGACAUCAUUUGAGACGAGAAUAUCCUCCGCUUUCUUUAAAAACGCUGCAGCUGUAUAUUGACACAAAUCGACUAGAUAUCAGUAAACCAAUUGAUCUUAUAUCAUUGAUAAACACUGGUCUAUACAACAUAAAUGUACAUUGGAAACAUGCUGGAGUUCAUUUGACAGACGAGGGUGCACAUUGUUUUGAAGCCAAAAUAAAUAUAGAGGUACAGUGGGCCAGUGAGCCUGUAAUCGCUGCAAUUGAAAAAAAUGGCGGUGUAAUUACAACUGCCUACUAUGACAUAAGCUGCCUUCAUGCUAUGUGCAAUACAAAACAAUUCUUCAGUAGAGGUGAACCAAUACCACGUAGGCUUUUACCGCCGACAGAUUGCUUAGAAUAUUAUUCCAGCGCCAGUAUGAGAGGGUAUUUAGCCGAUCCUGAGAAGAUUUCUCAGGAACGGCUGGUACUGGCACAAAAAUAUGGCUACGAGUUACCGAAAAUUGAGGAGGAUUCUGAUUACGAGAUGUUGUGCGAGCGUAAGGAUCCGCGGCAAUUGUUUUAUGGUCUGGAACCAGGUUGGGUGGUCAAUCUUAAGGAUAAAGUCAUACUGAAACCAAAAGCUGAGUAUUUGAAGGAAUUUUACGCGAGUUGAAAUGAAGAUGUAUAGAAUAAU